GUUAGAUAAAACCGUAAUCUAUAUUUCUACCGCUGCGUAUAUUGUCACGUAGAUAAUUGUAUCCCCAGAAGUGCGCUGAAACUUACACACCCUUUUGAGGUUGUGCCUAGAAAAAACGUACUCAAGCGAAUAAGUUCAGUGUUCCGUAAUAUUUCAAUUGGAUUGCUUCAAAUAAACAACCAGUGAAAAUUGACAAGUCGAGUUUUUCCAACAUGCAUCGACCUCGAAGUGCCAUGACCCAUAGUGAGGUAGAGAUGGCCAGCAGGAGCCGUAGACAGCUGCAGUCCAUGGGCACCCACGGUGAUCCCAUCGAAAAGCUAAGGCUGCUGUGCCUCUCCAGGGGUGCCAAGGGUAUCUUGACCUUAGGCAGGAUGUUUAGGAGAAUGGACGACGACGGAAAUAGGAAUCUCAGUCUGGAAGAGUUCACCAAGGGACUAAUAGAAACCGGUAUGGAUAUAAACGAGGAGGAGGCCAGGCAAAUAUUUCAUUUUUUCGAUUCUAACGACGAUGGAAAUAUCAACAUCGACGAGUUUCUUAUUCAUAUUAGGCCUCCAAUGUCCGAGUUCCGAAAGGGAGUAAUAGAAGAUUGCUUCAGAAAAUUAGAUAAAAAUGGUGAUGGCCAACUCACUACAGAUGAUCUGAGGAAUGUUUAUAACGUGAAAGCGAAUCCAAAAUAUAUAGCUGGCGAGGAGGACGAAGAGACAAUUUUGAAAAGAUUUUUGGCCAAUUUUGAAGACGAGAAAACCAGGGACGGAAAGGUGACCAAAGAAGAAUUCCUUAAUUAUUAUGCUGGUAUAAGUGCUUCAAUUGAUAAUGACUGUUAUUUUGACUUAAUGCUGAGACAUGCUUACAAAUUGUAAUGCGUAUUUGAAUUCUAACAUACUUUUACGAUUUGAACAUAUUCAAAAUCACAAUUUGAUGAUUUUCAAUCUAGUCUAUGAUUUGUUAUUAAAAUAGCUGAGUAGAUAUUUUGAGAGCACUUUAUGAAAUGUUGUGUGUCGAUAUAAAUUUUAUUGUGACUUUGAUACUUAUAAUAUAUUGAUUGCAGUUGGA